AUGGCGGCGGCCCGGGCCGAGCUGCGGGUGCUGCUGGCGCCCGGCUCGGGGCAGGCGCGGGAGGCGUUGCGGGCGCGGCUGAGCAGGGCCCGGCACGCCCUGGGCACCGUGCUGCGCGGCGGCGGGAUCCGCCUGGAGGCGCUGGGGCCCGGCGGGCCCGGGCGGGCCGCGGGCAGCGUCCUGCCGGGAGCCUGGGCCGACUUCGUGUGGGACAGCUCCGAAGAGGAUGGUUUGCAAUCCCACAAGAUAAAACUCCUGGCUCUUGCUCAAAGCCAUGACCUGUUUGUCUACGAAUUCAGUGUAGAAGAUGGAAAACACAACCCGAAUCCCCUGCACAGUUGCAAGGCACAGACGCUGACAAAGCUCCUUGAAGCUAAAAGCAUUAGUCUGCCUUCAAUUUUCUCUGUGAAGAUUCUGUCGUUUGGAAACAACAAGUGCAAACUUCUGCUCAACCAGUUUAUCCUCGUGCACCUGACCUUUCCUGGGGAGGACUCGCCCCCAGAGACGUGUGGCUGCUUCCCCCUGGCUGUGCCUGCAGGAGCUGUGGGGAGAAUAACAGACUCCCAGUUCUGCAGGGGGAUCCUGUUCCUGCUGGACCCUGCUGGCUGGAUUUACAUAUUUGACUGCUCUGACGGUGCCACCCUGGGGAAGGUCGGCGUGGCCCUGGGUGCUGGGCAGGGGCAGGGCCCAGCCCCCGUGUCCCCCCUGGCUGCCCUGGCAGUGUCCCCUGACCUCAGCACGGCCGUGGUGACCGACAGCUGCCAGCGUGCCCUGGCUGUGCAGCUCAACACCUACUUCAGACAGUUCCCUGAACAUUUGCUCUGUAAGAGAGAUCCUGAAAAUCUUCCAGUGAAGCCUGCAGAGGGGCUGGACGAGGAUGACCUGGCCAGUUCUGAGCACAGCAUGGAGCUGCUGUCGCUGCCCUUCCGCACAGACAGGUCCUGGAAGGCACACCUCUCCUCUCUGUGGGACAGGGUGAGGAGAAGAAGAACACAAGGCUCUCCAGAUUUGGUGACCGACUUGAAUUUGCCCUGGUAUCAGUUUUUUACCCAUCUGGAAGAUCACGAUCCUGAAGUUUGUGAGGAUCCAGAGAGGAUGGUGGCCUUUGUCCCCCGGGCUGUCACCCGGGCAGCUUCCCCAGCGCUCCAAAGGCAGGCUGCAGCCCCGGGGGCAGCAGCACAGCAGUGGGCACAGAUCCCCGUGGGAGCAGGCCAGGAAAUGGUGAAACUGGAGUGCAAGCUGGUGACUGGAGCCAAGGCCGUGUUUGUGCUGCAGGCACAGGACACGGGGCUGUCCCUGGCGCUCUGGGAUUUUGAGUCCCAGGACGUGACGUGUUCCCACUUUGGCAGGAGCAGUGUCUAUGUGGAGUGCAGUGCAGAGGUGCCACUGUGUCUGCUGCUGACAGAGCGUGGUCUGUCCCUGGUGCUGUUUGGGGUGACUCGGGAGGAGUUCCUGAGCAGGCUGCUGACGUUUGGCAGCGCCGGGGUGGUGGAUUCCGUGUGUCACCUCAAUGGCUGGGAGAGGUGCUCCAUCCCCAUCCACGCCCUCGAGGCAGGUUUGGAGAAUCGCCAGCUGGACACGGUGGACUUGUUUUUGAAAAGCAAAGAAAGUGUUCUCAGUCUGUCUGCAGCCUGCCCUGGGCCUGAGCAGCCUGGGGGUGCUGCCUCCCAGUCCUACCUGACAAAUUUGGAGGAGCUCAGGCCAGCUCUAAACUUGCUCUGCUCAGCAAUCCGGGACAAUGAUCUGGAGCCUCACAGCAAACACUUCUCUGAGCAGCUCCUGAACCUCACCCUGACUUUCCUCACCAAGCAGCUGGAGGAAAUCUUUGUGCACACAGAGGAACCUGAUGAGUUCCUGCAGAAGGCUGCAGAUAUUUUAACUGAUUACAUCAUUAAACUGAGGAAAUUCCUGAGGAAAUACCCUCACCCAGUGAUGGCCCCAGGGCACACGGGAGCUGAGCUGGAUGAAGACCUGCCUGAGAUAGAAGAGAGCAAAGAGUGGGAAAAACUGACACCAGAGGAAGUCAUUGCUGAUGCCAUCCUCAGCAACAAAAUCCCAGAGGCCCAGAUGUUCUUCCGGAGGCAGCAGCAUCCUGCCGAGAGCCUGCAGGAGCUGAUCCAGACGGGUCUGAGCCUGGUCUACGCCCGCCUGCUGAAGGGCAGCCCCAGGGAGGCCUCGGAGCUGCUGAGGAACAUGGGCCUGGACGUGAAGCAGGAGCUGCACAAGAUCUGCCUCCACACGCAGGACAGGCACGUCAGGGAGCUCCUGGUGAAAGUCUUACAAGAAGAAAAUUAUUUUUCUGAAGAAGAGAAGAAAAUUAUUGACUUUGUGCAUCAAGUUGAAAGCUUGUACUCAGAAUCCUUCCAGGAAAAUGAAGACACUCUGUCUCUUUCCAGGGGCUCGCAGCUGGGCUGGGGCAGCCCCGCCGCCCCCCGGCUCACCCUGACCCUCAGCUGGGCUCUGUGCUGGGACCAGCUGCUGCAGGAGCUGCUUCUGCUGCCCCGGAGAGCACGACAAGAACUCAAGAGCUGCAGUCCUGAGGUGCUCUGGAUGCACCUGACAGCCCAGCACGACUGGCUGAGUGUUUGCUCCUGGAUUGAGGAGUCAGAGCCCAGCCAGGCUCCACGAGACCCGGCUGCCUGGCCCCCCCUGAGCCCUGACAUCGUGGACAGGAGCACUCUGUGCAGCCCCUACAUGAGACAGGACAUCCUCAACAAGCUGGCCAGAAAGGGAAUUUUUGUCCGUUCUGAGCUGGAAGAUUUUGAGCUGCUGCUCCAGAGGUUGUCGUGCCUGGGGGGAGUCCUGCAGAAUCCUCACCCUGUUCCAAAAUACAGCACUGCCAGUGGCCUGGACUUCCACGCUCAGUUUGUCCUGCACUGCCUGCAGCACAGCCUGCAGUACCUGCUGUACACUUACCUGGACUAUUACAGUUUGACCCCUUCAAACUGCCCUGUCCUGGAUAACAAGGAGCUGCAGGAAGCACAUCCCUGGUUUGAGUUCCUGGUGCAGUGCCGGGGGGUUGCCAGCAAUCCCCGAGAUCCCAAGAUGAUUUUCCAGGCGAGUCUGGCCAAUGCUCAGAUGCUGAUUCCCAGCAGCCAGGGGGGUGUGAACAGCAUCCUGCUGGAGGGCAGGACCCUGCUGGCCCUGGCCACCACGGUCUAUGGGCCUGGGGGCAUCGACCAGGUCCUUCAGAACGAAGAUGCAGAAAAACCUCUGAAGAAAGUUGAUCCACAGCUGUUAAAAAUGGCCUUGGGCCCUUACCCCAAGCUCAAGGCUGCUCUCUUUCCCUCCUGCACUGCUCAUGGAAUUCUGCCUCCUGACAUCUCUCUCUACCACCUUCUGCAGUCAUUAAUGCCCUUUGAUCCCAGGAAAUUAUUUGGCUGGCAGUCAACAAACACUCUUGCUGCGUCAGAUGCCUGGAGCGAGCUGCCCCACUUCUCCAGCCCCCAGCUGCUGAGCAGGCACGCCGUGCUGGAGAGCUUGGACUUCCUCUUCUACCUGCUGCAGGGCCGCCCUGCCUUCGCCUUCGGCACCUUCCUGGGGCAGCAGCUGGCCCGGAGCAAAGCCCCCAGGCAGCUGAUCCAGCGGGCAGCACGGGAGGCACGGCUGCUGGCUCUCUGCUCCUUCGGCGUGCCCGGGGUGGCUGCAGCCUGCGUGUGCUUCCUGGAGCUGCUGGGGCAGGACAGCCUGGGGCUGCGCGUGGGGCUGCGCGCCGCCAGCCUCAUCGCCCGCCACGGCCCCUCCAGGGACUCCCUGGUUGAGAAGUUAACAAAGUUGGCUGAUGGUGAAAAAGCAGCAGCAGCAGCACUUCUGACCUCCUUGGAGGAGGCCUUCUGGGAUGCCAUUGAGCAGCAAGGAAUAAAGAGGACAUCCAGUGACUCCAGAAGGCAGUGGUCCUUGGUCAUGCAGUUCUGCAAACUCCAUAACCUGGAGCUGAGCACGUCCUUCCUGAGGGAAUGUGCCAAAUCCAACGAGUGGCUGCAGUUCCUCAUCCAGAGCCAGCUCCACGGCCACCAGCCAGCCCAGGUGCUGCCCCUGCUGCAGGAGUUCCCCGCCGUGCUGCGGGACCACCUGGAGCUGGCCCUGGGGAAGCUGCUGGGGCCCGGAGCCGCGGGCGGUGCCCGAGGAGCCGCGGGCAGUGCCCGAGGAGCCGCGGGCAGUGCCCGAGCCGGGAGCGUGUUCCGGGUGCUGCUGCGGUGCCAGGAGCAGCCCAGCCCCUGCUGCUGCCUGCUGGCCGAGGGGCUGCGGGCCCAGGCGCCCAUCCUCAGCGUGCUGGCAGCCUGCUGCCCCGGUGCCAACCUCAUCUCCUGCCUCUGCGUUUGGAUCCUCACCUCCGUGGAUGAUGCCACCAGGGCUGAGGCCACCGCCCACACCCAGGGCUGGGCAGAGGGGGCCCGGUGGGACCUGCAGGACCUCGCUGCCAUCUGGAAAGUCUUCUUGAGGAAGCAGAAGAGUAAAACGCUUCUGAAUGGCUUCCGGCUCUUUUUAAAGGACUCCCCUUUGCUGCACAUCCUGGAGAUGUACGAGCUGUGCAUGAACUGUAAAAAGUACAACGAAGCUAAAACCAAACUGGACAAAUUUCAGGAAAGCCUCACAAACCCCGGGGCCGCAGGGGGAGCGGCCCCCGCGCUGCCGCUGCCCUGGCUGCGCUCGCAGGCGCUGUUCCUCCUGGAGCUGAUGCUGCAGCAGUGCCACACCGACUACGAGCUGGGCAAGCUCCUGCAGCUCUUUGCUGCAGCAGAGACCCCGCUGCUGGACGGCCCCCACCUGAAGAGGCUCUGUGCCCUCAGCGAGGCCCUGAGGGACUCCUCCAUCUCCAUCAGCCGCUCCAUCCUGAGCUCCUGCAGCCUGGAGGCGUUCCAGGGGGAGUGCAGCUCCAUUCUGGAGCAGCUGCAGGAGAGAGGGAUGUUCAGCCUGGCUCGGGAGGUGGCGGCCCUGGCUGAGCUGCCCGUGGACGGCGUGGUCACACACGAGGUUCUGAGGGAUCUCCAUCAUUUAAGAGACACUGGACAGUGGCAUCAAACCCAGACAAGAGCCGAGUUCUGGAAGAAGUGCAACGACACCUUCACUAAACAUGGCAUCCGCAGCCGCGCCGCCGCGGAGUUCUUCCUCCGCCAGGCCAACGGCGCGAGGGAGUCCUGGGGGCAGGAGGAGAGAGCUGCCCUGGUGGAGAGGGAGCUGCUGCUGACCCUGGCGGGGCACUGGCUGGCCAAGGAGCCCGGGCUGCCCGUGCAGGAGCUGGAGGAGCUGGAGAAGCAGAUCUGGCUGUGCCGCGUGGCCGAGCGCGCGCUGCCGGCCGAGGCCGCGGGGCCGUGCCCCGGCACCGCGACCCUCGCCAGCCUGGCACGGCGCUUCUCCUUCGCCGGGCUGCCGGCCCUGACCGCGGCCGGGUGCCACGGGCUGAGCGCCCCGGCCCGCGGGGAGCCCCGGGUGGCGCCGGGCACCGAGGAGCUGGGCACCGAGGAGCAGCCCCAGCUGGGCACCGAGGAGCAGCCCCAGCUGGGCACAGCAGCACCAGGCACCGAGGAGCAGCCCCAGCUGGGCCUGGGCACAGCAGCACCGGGCACCGAGGAGCAGCCCCAGCUGGGCCCCGCGGAGCGGGCGGCGCUGGCCGCGCUGCUGGGCGCCCUGCUGGACCAGGGCAGCGUGCAGGAGGCCGCCCGCGUGUGCCGCUACUUCCAGCUGUGGCACCGGGACGUGGCGCUGGCACUGCGCUGCCGAGCCCUGGCGCUGGGCGAGGCCCGGCCCGAGCCCGAGGUGCCGGCCCCGCUGACGGACACGGCCGGCACAGCCCCGGGCACAUCCAGCCUGGAGGACUGGACCCCUCUGGGAUGUGGGGACGAUGCCGUAGUGGCGGCGCUGAAGGCCCUGGCAGAGGAAUGUGUCCACGGCAGGGGCUACUGCAGGCAGGUCCUGUGCCUCUACGAGCUCUCCAAGGUGAGCCCAGGCCCUUGUCCAGCCCUGCUGGCGCUGGGGAGGGCAGGUGAGGGGAGGAAGAGCUUGGCAGGUGCCCUCAAGGAGCUGCAGAGGGUGGAAUUCCAGCCCUUUGUGUGGGAAAAGGCCAGAAGCUUCCUGGGCAUGAGUGCUGAGGUGAGCUUGGGCACAGCUGGAGUUCGGCUCCAGGUGCUGUCCCACCCUCCGGGCUGCUCUCCUCACUUCCAUGCUUGCACUUUUUGNGCCCCCGCGCUGCCGCUGCCCUGGCUGCGCUCGCAGGCGCUGUUCCUCCUGGAGCUGAUGCUGCAGCAGUGCCACACCGACUACGAGCUGGGCAAGCUCCUGCAGCUCUUUGCUGCAGCAGAGACCCCGCUGCUGGACGGCCCCCACCUGAAGAGGCUCUGUGCCCUCAGCGAGGCCCUGAGGGACUCCUCCAUCUCCAUCAGCCGCUCCAUCCUGAGCUCCUGCAGCCUGGAGGCGUUCCAGGGGGAGUGCAGCUCCAUUCUGGAGCAGCUGCAGGAGAGAGGGAUGUUCAGCCUGGCUCGGGAGGUGGCGGCCCUGGCUGAGCUGCCCGUGGACGGCGUGGUCACACACGAGGUUCUGAGGGAUCUCCAUCAUUUAAGAGACACUGGACAGUGGCAUCAAACCCAGACAAGAGCCGAGUUCUGGAAGAAGUGCAACGACACCUUCACUAAACAUGGCAUCCGCAGCCGCGCCGCCGCGGAGUUCUUCCUCCGCCAGGCCAACGGCGCGAGGGAGUCCUGGGGGCAGGAGGAGAGAGCUGCCCUGGUGGAGAGGGAGCUGCUGCUGACCCUGGCGGGGCACUGGCUGGCCAAGGAGCCCGGGCUGCCCGUGCAGGAGCUGGAGGAGCUGGAGAAGCAGAUCUGGCUGUGCCGCGUGGCCGAGCGCGCGCUGCCGGCCGAGGCCGCGGGGCCGUGCCCCGGCACCGCGACCCUCGCCAGCCUGGCACGGCGCUUCUCCUUCGCCGGGCUGCCGGCCCUGACCGCGGCCGGGUGCCACGGGCUGAGCGCCCCGGCCCGCGGGGAGCCCCGGGUGGCGCCGGGCACCGAGGAGCUGGGCACCGAGGAGCAGCCCCAGCUGGCACUGGGCACAGCAGCACCGGGCACCGAGGAGCAGCCCCAGCUGGGCCCCGCGGAGCGGGCGGCGCUGGCCGCGCUGCUGGGCGCCCUGCUGGACCAGGGCAGCGUGCAGGAGGCCGCCCGCGUGUGCCGCUACUUCCAGCUGUGGCACCGGGACGUGGCGCUGGCACUGCGCUGCCGAGCCCUGGCGCUGGGCGAGGCCCGGCCCGAGCCCGAGGUGCCGGCCCCGCUGACGGACACGGCCGGCACAGCCCCGGGCACAUCCAGCCUGGAGGACUGGACCCCUCUGGGAUGUGGGGACGAUGCCGUAGUGGCGGCGCUGAAGGCCCUGGCAGAGGAAUGUGUCCACGGCAGGGGCUACUGCAGGCAGGUCCUGUGCCUCUACGAGCUCUCCAAGGACCUGGGCUGCUCCUUCGCGGAGCUGGCGGCGCGGGAGCCGCGGGAGGUGCUGGCCGCCAUCCUGGCGCGGCGGGGGCCGGGGCGCGGCCGCAGGGCCCAGGCCUUCAUCGCCUGCCAGGGGCUGCCCCCGGCCACCGUGGCCCCGCUGCUGGCACUGCAGGUCACCCAGGAGCUGCUGGCAUCGGCCCAGGGCAAAGGGCAGAAGCAGGUUUGGAACCCUGCAGUGGAGAGCCAGGAGCUCCUGGAGCUUGCCAAGCUGUGCCAGGAUCACACCUUGGUUGGGAUGCAGUUACUGGAUAAAAUCUCCUCUGUCCCCCGUGGGGAGCUGUCAUGCAUUACAGAGCUGCUGAUCCUGGCCCACAGCUGCUUCAGCCUGACGUGCCACAUGGAGGGGAUCACACGCGUGCUGCAGGCAGCUCGGCUGCUCACCGAGGAGCACCUGGCUCCCAGGGAGGAGUACGGGCUGGUGGUGCGCCUGCUGACGGGCAUUGGCAGGUACAACGAGAUGACCUACAUCUUCGAUCUGCUGCACCAGAAACAUUACUUCGAGGUGCUCAUGAGGAAGAAACUGGACCCGGGCGGGACGCUGAAGGCGGCGCUGCUGGACUACACCAAGCGCUGCCGGCCCGGCGACAGCGAGAAGCACAACAUGAUCGCGCUGUGCUUCAGCAUGUGCAGGGAGAUCGGCCAGAACCACGAGGCUGCCGCCUGCACCCAGCUCAAACUCAUCGAGUGCCAGCCCUGGGGCACUGCAGGGCUCUGGGCUCUCAGGGAUGCUCCCAGGUUUCCCUGGAAGCUCUCAGCUGCUCUGUUGCAGGACUCGUGCGUGCGGCAGGCGCUGCGCUGCCGCCGCCUGACGCGGCUCAUCACACUCCAGCUGCACUUCCUGGGCUCAGGGCAGAGCACCAGGAUCAUCAACCUGGGCAGGCAGGACCUGCCAGGGGCCAUCCUGGCCUUGCCCAGGUUCUACCAGGCAGCCAUCGUGGCCGAGGCCUACGAGUUCCUGCCGGACUGGGCCGAGGUUCUGUUCCAGCAGGUGAUCACCAGGGGUGACUUCGUGUACCUGGAGGAGUUCAGGCAGCAGCGGCCGCUGCAGCCCGGCCUGUUCGAGGAGGUGGCCAAGAAGGUCAAACAGCAGCCCCCGGCUGAUGCUGCCCUGAGGAACCUGAAGCGGUUCCUCACCCACUGUGAGGACAUCUACACCUACUACAGGCUGGCCUACGAGCACAAGUUCUAUGACGUGGUGAACUCCCUGCUGAAGGACCCUCAGACUGGCUGCUGCCUCAACGACCUCUUAUCCACCUGAGUUCCAGCCCAGAGCACAGACUGCAGGGUCACUGCUGAUUUACACAGAUUUGAUCCAUGGCCUGCUCACAGGGCUCUGCUGCUCUGUAAAAAUUACUCCAGAAAACUGCACAAGGUUGUAAGUAGUUAAAUGCUGACUGUGGCAACCUAACAUUGUGUUUUGUAUAAUAAAUCUUACUGUUUCUAAAUUA